CGCAUCCGCCCCGAGAACGCCAUUUCCGGCAAGAUUAGGGCUAGGGUUUUCGAGGAGAGAGCUCGAACGGGCUAAAGUUCUAUUAGGGUUUUUCCUACCUUACUCCAGCGAGAAGGUACUUCGCAAAUUAUCUUACGCCCCGGUGCAGUGUUCUUCUCCGAGUCUUCGUUGUUUCCACUCAUGGAGGAAAGUAAAGAGGAUGAAACCCUAGAAAGGGAUUCUCUUGAAACCGUAGAAAAGAAAGAGGAGGCAGGAGAGGACCUUCGAUCUCUCCUUCUGCCCGACAUAAAGGAUCUCCCUCCUAUUCCUCCUUCCGCUGUCGAAUCCAACUUCGUCCGAUACUUCGCCGCAGAUUUUAUGAAGCCUGGACAUGAUCAAUAUGUCUACCGCCAUGCCAAUGGGUUAUGUGUAAUUGGUUUGGCUCCUACUCAUGUUGCCUUGAGAGAGAAGGGUGGAGUUACAGCUGUGGAUUACAAUGUGGGCAAAUCGGACCGCAGUGAGAUGAAGGUCACCGGAAAGCGAAAAAGGAAUGCACAGCACUUUGAAUCCAAUUCAGCUCUGUGUAAAGUUUGUGCAAAUGGUACAUUCUAUGUUGUGAGGUGUUGUGUGAAAGGUUCCCUUUUGGAGGUCAAUGAUAGGCUAAUCAAGCAGCCUGACCUACUUAACUCAUCAGCUGAUAGAGAAGGAUACAUUGCUAUUAUCAUGCCAAAACCAGCAGAUUGGCUUAAGAUCAAGGAUUCAUUGUUGAGCCAUGAAGACUACAGGAAGUUGAGAGGUCUUUGAUUCUUUGCUGAUACGAUGAAAGGACUCUGGUCAGACAUGGAGGGAGGAGUUGGUGGCUGGAGGCAAUAGGAUUUAAGCAAGUUCUUGCAGUGGUUUAGAUUUUUUUCAUCAUCGAUUGCAAGCCAUGUCAACACUAGCCCAAGCACCAAGUAACACCAUCAUCAGUCACUGGUCGAUUAAGGCAUCGUUUACAUCUAAGGAUUCUGAUUAACAUGCAUCCACAUGGAGGGCCUGUCUAAUGAGGACAGCUGUGAUUCAUAGUUGUUACUCCCUUCAUCGAUCUAUUGCUCCAAAUUCACCCUUUCUGGGGUCUGUCAAUGUCGACGUUUUGUUUAUUUAUGGGUUAAAAUUCAUGUAUGCUGAAAGGCCAAUGGUGAUGGAAACCGGAGCUGACAUUAUGUUUUGAUAGAUUGGGUUUGCAAACUCACGAUUUAAAGCUAAUCCAUUUAUGAUCAAA